AUGGGCCCCCGCGGAGCCCGGCGCGUCGCCGGCUGCCUGCUGCUCUGCUGGGCUCUGGCCGCCGCCCGCGCCGCCCCGCGGAGGAGACCCUCCUUCGGCGGCCACGUCGCGGAGAACCGUCCGGCGGGCACGCGUGUGCGCGGGCUGAGCAUCCCCCUGACGCGGCUGGGGUCCGAGCCCUGGUGCGCCAAGGUGCAGGGGCGCCGCUGGCACCUGCAGCUGCUGGGCGAGGGCCACUCGCACUUCCAGGUGUCGCUGCACGCCCGCACCGCCCGCGUCUGGCUGCGCACCAGCCGCCCGCUGGACCGCGAGGCGCGGGCGCUCUACUCCUUCCGCCUGGGCUUGUGCUGCAAGCGCUGCCUGCCCCGCGGCGCCGCGGCCGCCGAGCUGGCCGCCCUCACCGUCCGCGUGCUGGACGACAACGACAACGCGCCGCGCUUCGUGGGGGGGCCGCGCCCCGCCGUCACGCAGCUCCGCGUGGAGGAGACGCUGGCGCUCAAGUCCCAGGUGUGGCAGGCGCGCGCCGAGGACGCGGACGCGGGCGCCAACGCGGAGCUGCGCUACUUCGCCCUCCCGCGCAGCGCGCACUUCUUCGUGGUGCCGCGCAGCGGGCGCGUGGUGCUGGUGCGCUCCCUGCUCCACCUGCGCGCGCCCAUCCCGCUGCGCCUCUACGCGCGGGACCGCGGGCGGCCGGCGCUGCUCAGCGACCCCCUGGAGCUGGAAGUGCUGCCGCAGCCCAAGCGCCUGCCGCCGCCCCGCGCCGCCGCCCGCCGGCGCCGGGCCGUGCUGCCGCCCGCCGCGCCCCUGGCGCUCUCCCUGCCCGAGGACGCCCGCCCGGGCAGCCGCCUGGCGACGCUGGCCCCGGCGCGCUUCGCCUCCGCCUGGUUCGAGCUGGUGUCGCCGCCCGUCGAGGAGUCGCCGGUGCGCGUGGGGCGGGAGAGCGGCGAGGUGACGCUGGCCGCGGCCCUGGACAGGGAGGCGGCGCCCGCCUGGGAGCUCGUCGUCCGCGUCCAGGAGCGCAGAGGAAAGGAUUGGUACUUCGUGCACUUGUCACUUACUGUGACAGAUGUGAAUGACAACGUACCUGAGUGGGCCAUGGAGCCCUUCCCAUUCUUGGCUGUGGUUUCCCCUGAAGCUGCAGGACGUACGGAAGUAUACAAGCUGCUUGCUGUGGAUGCAGAUGAAGGCAUCCAUGGAGCUGUAGAAUAUUUUCUCUUGGAAGGCGGUGAAGACAGAUUUGAUGUUGAGAAGGACACUGGCUGGAUUAAAACGACGGGUUUGCCAUUGGUGAGGGACAAGGAGUAUUUACUGACUGUACUAGCAGCAGAUAAACUUGGAAGCAGAGGGUCUCCAGCCUCUGUUUCUGUAAUUGCUGGAUUUCGACCACCACAGUUCACCAACAUAUCCUACUUUGUUUAUGUUCCUGAAAGUAUGCCACAAGGCAAAUCCUUUCUUACAGUAACUGCUGUAUCAUAUCAAAACAAAUCUCUGAGCUACAGUUUGCUAACUAAUCCUAGUGGUCUAUUCAGUAUUGAUCGGGCAACAGGAAAUAUCAGUUUAACUCGGAGUGUGGAUUAUGAGAGUGACCAACAGCAGUAUCUUCUUUUGGUUAGAGCAGAGGAAAAUGAGGAACAGUUCAGUAGUGCAGCUGAGGUUUUGGUUGUAAUCACAGAUGUGAAUGAUUGUGCCCCUGAAUUUCAUCAGUCGAUUUACAGCAAAGUUGGUGUUCCUGAAACAGUUACUAUGACAACUGCGCUUCUACAAGUGACAGCUACUGACUGUGAUUCAAAAGAGAAUGCCGAAAUACUAUAUUACACUUUGAGUCAAGACUUCAGUAUUACUUCUCAUGGUACUAUUUUUCCAGCAACACGGUUGGACUAUGAGCGACCUAACCAUCUUUAUGAGUUCAUAAUUAUGGCUGUAGAUAAAGGGGAAGAGCCGAAGACUGGGACAGCAACUGUUAGGAUCCAUGUUUCAAAUGUCAAUGAUGAAGCACCUGAGUUUUCCCAGACAAUCUACCGGAGUUUUGUUUCGGAAGAUGCAGGCCCAGACACACUGAUUGCUACAGUUAAUGCUGUUGACCCUGAUGGAGACGGUGUGACAUACGAUAUUGUGGCUGGGAAUCAAAAAGGAAACUUUGUUAUUGAUGCUAAGAAAGGGCUAGUUAGACUUCGUUCAAGUCCGUUUCCUAAGCUGCAGGGGACAGAAUAUGUACUUAAUGUCACAGCUACUGAUGAUAACGCCUCUGGAGGGCCCCAUUCUCUUACAAGUACUGCCCAGGUUGUUGUGAAAAUUGAUGAUGUCAACAAUAACAAACCUGUCUUUCAGAAGUGUCAGUAUUACCGGGAACAUGCUUCUGUAUUGGAAAACCAGCCUUCAGGGACAGUUGUACUGCAGGUUGAAGCCACUGAUGCUGAUGAAGGAGCCAAUGGUAUAGUGAAAUACAGCUUGAUGCACAGGGGUGGUGUCCUACCAGCAUUUAGUAUUCAUCCUGACACAGGAGUUCUGACAACUGUUCAGGUAUUUGAUCGAGAAAAACAGAGGGAAUAUCCUAUCACUGUGACAGCAACAGAUCAGGCAGCGGAACCACUCAUUGGAAUAUGUCACAUAAAUAUUAUCAUCCUGGACCAAAAUGACAAUGAUCCCAGAUUUGAAAACACGCACUAUGAAUAUUUCCUAAGAGAGGACACAAGAGUUGGGACCAGCUUUCUUCGUGUUGCAGCCCGUGAUGAUGACUACGGCUCAAAUGCUGCCAUUACAUAUUCGAUAGCAAGUGAAGAACCAAAUUAUUUACAAAUUAAUCCUACUACAGGCUGGGUGUUUGUGAACCAACCCAUAUCUCAGAGGUCAUCUAUAAUUCGAGAGGUUAUUGCUACAGAUGGAGGUAAUAGGAACAGUAAAGUUGAACUGGUGGUAACUAUUACCAGUGCAAAAAACCAGCCUCCACAGUGGGAAAGAGACAGCUAUGAAGUUGUUAUUCCAGAGAAUACUACACGAGAUACAUCAAUUUUGACAAUCAAAGCAACUUCUCCCCUCGGUGAUCCCCGAGUAACUUAUAACCUGGAAGAAGGACUUGUUCCAGAGACCAACAUGCCAGUUCGUUUCUACCUGACUCCAAACAGACAUGAUGGUUCAGCUUCAAUCCUGGUAGCUGAGCCACUAGAUUAUGAAACAACAAAGAGCUUUCUACUGAGGGUUCGAGCACAGAAUGUUGCUGCAGUUCCUCUGGCAGCAUUCACUACGGUCUGUAUUAAUGUAACAGGUGUCAAUGACAAUGUCCCAUUCUUCACUUCAUCUAUUUAUGAAGCCUCAGUAACAGAGGGAGCUGGUGUUGGGACAUUUGUUGUUCAGGUGUCUGCCACCGACCUUGACCUUGGUCAGAAUGGUGAGAUAACUUACUCCCUGUUACAUGACAGUGGCAAAGACUACACAUAUUUUCACUUGGACUCACAGACAGGCUCAAUAUACACUGCCUCAGUGUUUGAUAGAGAGAAGAAGGGGUCUUAUCUUCUAGAAGUCAAGUCAGUAGAUGGCUUUGAAUCAUCUCGACCUGGAAAACAUGGGAAGCCAAACUCUGACACGGCCUAUGUGCGCAUUUUUAUCAGCGAUGUGAAUGAUAACAAGCCUGUCUUCACUCAAAGUGUCUAUGAAGUAAAUGUGGAUGAAGACCAGGAUGUGGGCUCGACUAUCAUUACAGUCAGUGCUAAUGACGAAGAUGAAGGAACAAAUGCUAGAUUACGGUAUCAGAUCACAGCUGGAAGCACAGGAGGAGUACUUGAUGUAGAACCAGAAACAGGAGCCAUUUUUAUUGCCCAACCACUGGAUUAUGAAGAAACAAAAAUGUAUGAGAUUCACUUGUUGGCCUCUGAUGGGAAAUGGGAAGAUUAUGCAGUUAUCAUCAUCAGUGUCAUGAAUAAAAAUGAUGAGACUCCAGUUUUCUCCAUCGAUGAAUACUAUGGAAGUAUAAUUGAGGAACUGGAUGGGUUACCAGUCUUUGUGCUUCAGGUUAUGGCAAAUGAUCCUGAUAGUAAUGUGGAUGAAGGAGAUUUGAGAUACUCAUUGCACGGGCAUGGUGCAGCUGAUAUUUUCACAAUAGAUGAGAAAACGGGCAGCAUUUACUCCCAGAAGACGCUGGAUCGGGAAGAGAGAGCACUGUGGAGAUUUGUUGUGUUGGCUACUGAUGAAGGUGGAGAAGGACUUACGGGAUUUGCUGAUGUAAUUAUUAAUGUGUGGGAUAUAAAUGACAAUGCGCCCAUGUUCACAUGCAUGCCUGAUGAUUGCAAUGGGAGUGUCUUUGAAAAUUCUCCUGCAGACACGUUGGUCAUGGAAAUGGGUGCAGUUGAUCGUGAUGAUCCAAAUGUAGGUCUUAAUGCUGUCCUGACUUACAGGAUAACAGAGAAUGUAAAAAAUGAGUUUGGUACUGACAUGUUUAAUAUCAAUCCCAAUACUGGUACAAUCCAUGUGGCGGGAGGAAUGCUAGACAGAGAAAGGACUGAAAAUUAUUUUCUUACUGUUGAAGCAAGAGAUGGGGGAGGACUAACAGGAACUGGCACUGCCACUGUCUGGAUUGCAGAUGUCAAUGAUCACGUACCUAAAUUCACAAAAAAGAUGUGGCAGGCAACAAUUCCUGAAAACAGUGCCAUUGACUCAGAAGUUCUGCAAGUGUGUGCUACAGAUGCAGAUGUUGGGGAAAAUGCUGACUUAAUAUUCAGUAUCAUCGGGGGAGACCCAGAUCAGAAGUUUUAUAUUGAGAAUGACAAAGAAUGGCAAUGUGCCACUAUUCGACUGAAAAAACCCCUGGAUUUUGAGAAUGCACGUGAAAGGCAGUUUAAUCUUAUUAUUACAGUGGAAGAUCUUGAUUUUUCUAGUAUUGCAGUGUGCCUGAUUGAAGUUGAAGACUCUAAUGACCACAGUCCCGUUUUCCUUUCUCAGUUUAUUCAGACAAACCCUUUCUCUGAAAACAUGCCUGUAGGUACUACAGUAACCACAGUGAGAGCUACAGACAAGGAUUCUGGUUUGAAUGGGAACAUCGUAUAUUCUAUAAAGUCAGAUUCGGAUCCUAUGGGACAGUUUACGGUUGACCAAUAUGGUCACGUGAUUGUGACAAAUACACUAGAUCGUGAAGUCAUGCAAAAAUACAGUUUAAUUGUACAAGCUUCAGAUCAAGGGACACCUGCCCGCACUGGAAGUGUUACAGUUUUGAUUAACUUGCUUGAUGUUAAUGACAAUGGACCAAGGUUUGAGGCACCAUACAUGCCUGUAGUCUGGGAAAACAUACUGUGGCCUGAAAUAGUGUAUAUGAACCAUACAUCAAAACUGCUUCACGCAUUUGAUCCGGACAGUGAAGAAAAUGGGCCACCCUUUACAUUUUCUUUGCCACCAGAUUAUCAGAAUUCUUUGGAUUUUUCUCUUACUGACAACAGGAAUAACACAGCAACUGUAACGGCUUUGAGGUCCUUUGACAGAGAAAAGCAGGAGGUGUUUCAUCUGCCAAUAGUUAUAACCGAUAGUGGGAUUCCAGCUAUGAGCUCUACAAACACCCUAACUAUAACAAUUGGUGAUGCGAAUGACAACUGCCAUGAAUCUGGCCAUAAGGAAGUCUAUGUGUUCAGUUACAAAGGAAAAUGGUCAACAACAGUGCUUGGAGAAGUGUUUGCACCAGAUCAAGAUGACUGGGACAAUAAAACAUUUCUAUCUGAAGGAAAACUGCUCAAGUCUUUCACAUUAAAUCAGAGGACUGGUUCUUUAAUGAUGAUGGAUAACACUGCUCAAGGAAUAUACAACUUAAAAGUUAGAGUUUCUGAUGGAGUUUGUCCUGAUGUUAUAUCUACAGUAAAAAUCCAUGUCAAAGAACUGGAAAAUGAAACCAUACAAAACUCUGCCACUGUGCGUCUAUCAGAUGUCACAGCAGAGGAGUUCAUAAGGAUAGAUGAACAUGGCAAAACGAGACAUGACAAGUUCAAGGAAUUACUAGCAAAAAUGUUACCUGCUAAACUUAGUGAUAUCAUUGUCUUCAGUGUGACGAACGUUGAUGGAAAACAGACAGAUGUAAGAUUUGCAGUCCGCGGGGGCUCGUCGUAUUACAGACCUGAGAAACUGCAUGCUGAGAUGGCGGCAUUUAAAAACGAGAUCCAGUCAGCUUUACAACUGAACAUUUCACAGAUCGAUGUAGAUGAAUGUAGGAGUGCAAACUGUAGUGAGGGCAACGGCUGUACAAACUACCUUGCUGUGAGUGACAUCCCAACCGUGAUGGAUACUGGAAGCGUGUCAUUUGUCUCAGUAACAACCACCAUCAGUGCAGUCUGCACCUGUUCAGCUAGGGACCGCGCUCAUCGGUCUUGUUCCUCCUACCCUGGAAGCCCUUGUCUCAAUGGCGGGAUGUGUAUUGACACUUUGAAUGGUUACAGAUGCCUUUGUCCUGCUUCAUUUCAUGGACCAGACUGCCAGCAGACUAAGCACAGUUUCCAUGGAAAUGGUUAUGCAUGGUUUCGUCCCAUCAGGCCUUGUUUUGAAAGUUCACUUUCUCUAGAGUUUAUUACUGUGGUUCCAGAUGGACUUCUACUAUACAGUGGACCUUUAUCAAGUCCAGAACCUGGGAGUACAGAAAACUUUAUUGCAAUAGAACUUUCUGGUGGUAUUCCUGUGCUGAAGAUGAGCCAUGGCUCAGGUUUUGUGAUGCUGCAGUUUCCAAGUCACCUGAAUGUAGCAGACAAAAAAUGGCAUCAACUAGAAGUCAGAACCAAUGGUCAGGAUGUUCGAUUCAUUUUGGAUCAUUGCAGUGCAGCUGUUGUUUCAGAGAUAGAAGGAGUGGGCAAAUGGCUGUCCACUGAAGAUCGUACAAAUUGUGAAGUCUUUGGGUCAGUUCCACGAAGAGCAAGGUAUUUGAAUGUGAACCAUGUUCUACAGCUGGGUGGUGUAAAAGAAUCGUUACCAUAUUCCUACCCACAAUUGCUACACAAACACUUUUCUGGUUGUUUGCGUAAUUUCAUCUUGGAUACUCAGGUAUAUGACCUUCAGUCUCCUGCAGAGUCCCUGAAUAGCUUCCCUGGCUGCACACUUACGGAUGGGAGCUGUGAGACCAUGGGGUCUUCUUCCUGUGGUAUUCAUGGGAGGUGUCUUGGAGACUGGGGCUCAUUUGCUUGUCAUUGUUUGCCGGGUUACUAUGGCUAUCGAUGUGAUAAAGUUGCCAAAGAAUACACAUUUGGGCCAGGAAGUCACAUUCGCUAUCAGCUUCCUAUUAGUGUGCCUGCCCGUAGGACACUGUUUGAAGCCAUGAUCAGGACACGGCAGCCUGACGGUGUCAUCACGAGCAUGUUGUCUCGAAAGAAGGAUGAACACAUCAUCCUACAGGUUGUUCAGGGAUUCUUAGUGGUCUCAUAUAAUCUGGGUGAUGGAGACUAUUCUGUAAGCCUUCCCUCCUACCACAUUGAUAAUGGUGAAUGGCAUCAUAUCACACUGGAGAGGAAUGAAAAUGAAUUUACUCUUCGCCUUUAUGAAGGAGGUGGGAAGAGAGAAAUUCUGAAAGCAGCAGGAGUAUACAAAGAGAUUGUGAUUGACCCCAGCAGCUUGGUCCUUGGAAACACCUACCCAUUCAAUCAAAACAAGAGUUUUCAAGGAUGUAUGAAGGAUGUCAGAUUUAAUAACUACAGGAUCCCUCUGGAUACUCAUGUGAAGGAGCUGGUGUCAGUAUUAAGUGCCCAAGGCAUCAAAGAAGGCUGUUCUUCAGAGGCUUGUAGGAAUAACCCUUGUAACCAGGAAUUUAUUUGUAUUGAUUUGUGGAUGAUGCAUGAAUGCAGUUGCCCUCCGGGACACAUGAUCAUGGAGAAUGCCACUGGUAAACAGUGUGUCUACACUGCAUGUGCUAAAAGGCCCUGUAACUAUGGUACCUGCAUCUCGCAGUCACCAACCAAGUUCCAAUGUCACUGCCCUGAUGGCUAUACUGGACGUAACUGUGAAAUCAUGCUGGCGAUCUUUCACAAGGAUACAGGCCUGAGCUUUAGUUCCAUGUUUGCCAUCUGCAUUUGCUUUUUGGCGCUGUUAGCUCUGUUCAGUGCUGUGUUCUUGUGGGCUCACUGGAAAAGUCACAAAGGCCUGAACGGAGGAGUUCACCACGUACCUGCGCAUCAUGAGGAUUUGGAGGACAUCAGAGAAAAUAUCCUCAACUACAAUGAAGAAGGGGGUGGGGAACAAGACCAAGAUGCAUACAACAUGGCAGAGCUGCAGGUGUCUAUUCAAACCAGCCCAGCCUAUUCCUUCUGCAAGAAGAAAGAAAACCCAACAAAACUGAACAGUUUCUUCAGCGACGCAUCCCCAAGCAUGCAGGAGCAGACCAAAACAUCAGCUGCUACAGAAGCCUCUUCUGCUAGUGGAGACUUUGGUCAGUACUGGUCAGAUGUUGUCAGAGAUGCUGAUCGCCAUUCCCAGACCGUGCCCCAAGACUCGCCGCAGGUGUUUUGCACGGAAGGAGAAGGCUCGGUUGCCAGCAGUUUGAGUACCCUGAGCUCCUUGGGACUGGAUGUGGGUAUAGUGUAUGAUGACAUUAAAGAGUGGGGACCAAAGUUUGAGAAGCUGAGUGAACUGUACUCGCAUACAGAUGCAGAAGACCUGUAG